CGCCGUCCUAUCGCAUUCUGCUGGAAAGUACUUUUGCAGGUCAAGGUUGGAUGAGAUGGCAAAGGUGGUGGUGGUUUCCAAAGAUAGAUGUUGCUGGACGCGUGGGGAGACGCGACUUAGCGCGAAUGGAUCGGGAAGUGGGGAUACAGUACCCUACAUGUUUCCACAUCUCACAUGAGCACACAAUACAUGACUGACAUCACAGAAUAAGACAAACUUCGCGAUGCUUAAUUGAUUGUUUAACAGGAAUUACGACGGUAAUAUCACAAACCAAGUCGUUGCAUAAUGAAACCAGGUGAAAGGCGCGUUGUGGUCAAGUACUGGUGAGAACGAGUUAGCGAGCGCAAUAGCGUGUCCGACCAAACAUUCUAUCGUCUGCUAUCAGUUCACGCCUCGUCGCUCAGCUCAACACUGAACUCGAAUUACCUUUCAAGCAUCGAGAAAUUCUUUCGCAGGACGGUUACCAACCUCUCAGCACGUCAUGACGUCGCCCUCAAGUGAACGUAUCAUCAUAGCUGACACUGGUGAUGUCAUCUUCACGCUACGAAAUCCAGGUGCACCAUUUGCUGUCUGGGAUCAGGCUGUCGAAGAAAACAGUGAGAUUCAAGAUCCAGAAGAUGAGCAUAAAGACGAGCCGUUGAACGAUGCGACUUCCGAUACAUGUGCAGACGACCUAAACCAACCUGUGCCAAGGCAAGCCGCUCUGCCGGAUGUUGUCUACCAGGUCUCAUCACAGCACCUGGUAUGCGCUUCGCCGAAAUUCAAGAGUGAGUUGACAUCAUGGAGUGAGAGUUUAAAGCGGGAUGAUGGCCUUUAUCAUGUCAACACCACAGAUUGGGAUCCGGAAGCCUUCGGCAUAUUGUUGAACGUCUUACAUCUCCGCUUUCGUCAGGUGCCAAAGUCACUCGGUUUGGAGCUCCUUGCUAAGAUCGCCAUCUUGGUGGAUUACUACAGAUGUUGGGAGGCUUUCGAUUUGAUUGCUGACGUCUGGAUAACGCACCUGCGGGCAAAAUGCUCAGUUCCGGAAACUUAUAGCCGCGAUCUGAUGUUAUGGAUACUUAUCUCUUGGGUGUUUAAGCUGGAAGGGGAGUUCAAUGAAUCCACUUUUUGGGCUUCGAUAAAGAGCGAUGAACCAAUUCUACGAAACAUGGAGUUGAGCAUCCCACCAGCUAUCCUUCGGGGAAUAGAGACUUGCAGAUCAGAACUGAUCGAAGGAGCGAUAGAUGUCUGCCAAGGGUGGUUCGACAAGUUCUGCAGCGGCUAUUGCUGUAUUCAAGAUGAGAAAUGCUCCUUCGAGUGUGGCUCCAUGCUUCUUGGCGCCCUCACAAGACAAAUGAACAAUAUGGCCAUACUGUCACCGCGACCAACUGCACCUUACGCCGGACUCAGUUUCGCCGAACUUCGGUAUGGCAUCAAGUCUAUUAAAGCGCCAGAUUUGCACAUCCGUUACGAACGCCGCUCUCGCAGUCCAGAGUAUCGAAAACAUCCCUGUUCCCUUGAUGCAGUCAUCCGUGAAGUCAAUCAGGUAUAUAAACGAGCAGACGGACUAAGACUGCGCGAGUUCGUGGACCGUGCUGAGUCUACAACGGACAUAGUUUCCCGCCACUCUGAACUUCAGCGAUGAUCAUUGCGCACUGUGCGUCCACGUCUGGCGGUCUUUGGAGAGCCUACGGUGUGUAAGAUCAAAAUCCAGGAAUAGUUUGGCGAACGAACUCAGCGCACACUCUUGAAUGUCCAGUAACAAAGAAUCUUUGCUCAAACUCUAUAACUGAGUGUUUUAUCCAGUCUACUAGUUUUCGUUAGACACCCUGCCACCGAUCGUGCGUCGUUUUGAGCGCUGGACCAUGAUAUUUCUU